AUGGUGGAUGGCGUAAAAUACGUUCCGAUAAGGGGGACUAACAACGAAGAGAGAGCAAACCGGCGAGUUUAUUUUAGGUUUGCCGUCAUGUUAGCAUAUUUUGGCAUUCUUUCAUGGCGUUUCAUCGGCUUGGUGCUAUACAGCAUUCACGCUACAGAUUGUUUCUUCCGGGAAAAGCUUGCCAGUUAUCGCUGCAAAAACUUCACGAUCUUCUCUUACGCAAACGAACUGGAGAUAAGUUGGCAGGUGGCGUCGUUCAUCAACAUUGUUCUCGUUAUUCUUGUGCUCCGAAAAGUGCCAGACUAUGAAGGAUAUCUUUCUGCUUUACGAAACAACUCGAAGCAUGCCCGGUUUUGGUCGCUUUUCGCUCAGUUGAUGGUCGCUGUUGGUUACAACAUCAUCGUCAUCUGCACAGAAACGUCUGGUGUAAGUAAAAUUAUUGAAGUUAUGUUCCUUCUCGGAGAGAUUGCAACGACCCUGGUAGUGUAUCUGUGGAAUACUGUACCCGCACCGUGGAAAGAGCCUAGAGACACCGUAAAGAAUUUGGCAUAUUCACUCACUCUGCUUUUAUCUAUCCUGGAAAAUUUAUAUCUUUUCGUCUUGAUGUCCACGCAAGCAGCUUUCCAAGUAACAGGUGUGAAUAACUUUCACCGAACACCAUCCGCCCUUCAUGCAGUCACUAUCGUGGUCAAUGCUGGAGAAGCCACCUUUUAUUAUGCCAUGAUGAAAUUCUUUUGGAACAAAUGGUUUUAUGAUCGAAGAAAUCUUUUGAUUAAUGACAAUGUUUAA